AUCCACCUCCCCGGCACCAUCCCACAAUGCACCACUGGAAUUAAUUAAGUGAGAGCUUCCGAUCGAUCAAGCGCGCGACUGAAACUAGCUAGCUAGCCAGCCAUGAAGCACUUGUUCCCAAACUCUUGCACCAUUUUUUCCCUUCUGCUUCUUGCUGCCUUCUUCGCUUCCCAAACUCGUGCUCAGACUGCAGCCACAGCGCCGGCCCCUGCAGGCCCCAAGAACAUCACGGCCAUUCUGGAGAAGGCCGGCCAGUACACCACAUUCAUCCGCCUCCUCCGCAGCACGCAGCUAGGCGACCAAAUCGACAACCAGCUCAACAACUCCAAUACCGGCCUCACCGUCUUCGCUCCCACCGACAACGCCUUCUCCAACCUCCCUCCCGGCACGCUCAACUCCCUCUCCGACCAGCAGAAGGUCUCCCUGCUCCAAUUCCACGUUCUGUCUACGGCCAUCUCGAUGCCACAGUUCCAAACGGUGAGCAACCCGGUGAGGACACAAGCGGGGGAUUCUAGCGACGGCGAGUUCCCGCUGAACGUGACGACGACAGGAAACCAAGUGAACAUCUCCACCGGGGUGGUCGACACCCCCAUUUCGAACACCAUAUUCUCGGACAACAAGCUGGCCGUGUACCAGGUGGAUCAGGUGCUCCUUCCUUCGAAGAUAUUCGGAACCCCAGCGCCUGCUGCAGCUCCUGCGCCGGCCGAACCGGAGAAGGAGAAGAAGAAGAAGGAGAAGCCGAGUAGCGUUCCUGAAGCCGAAGGGCCUUCGAAAUCGAGCCCUGUUACUGAUUCUGAUGCAACUUCUUCAGCUUCGAACUUGAAGUGGAGAGGCGGCAUUGGAAUUGCAGCCGCAAUUAUUUCACUCUGCUGGAGCUUCUGAGUCCUACCAAGCUACUCCAUUUCCGCCCGAGUGAAGUUAAUUUCGUGAAGAAUGAGGGCUGAAUUUUCUGCUUUCUUCGCCGCCGCCACAUUUAUCAUUUCUUCUCAUUGCUCUCUUGAUUUGGAUUUUUGUUCUUGGAAUAUUUUGUAUUAUUUUUUGCUACAAAUAUAUAAUUAAUAUCGUUUAAGA